AUGGAGGCCUUGCGGCGGCGUUCUCGUGAAGACAGUGGUGUCUUGCAUCUACCUCCGUUCGACGUCGAGUGGUCUCCGCCUACACCUUCGAUGAUGGCGGCCGAUUUAGCAUUCCUGGCGACUUUGUUGCCGGAGUCGCCGCACCUGGCAACGGCGAUGACGGCGGCAUACCUGGGGCGGAUAGAUGAUCUGCGGAAGUUGCAAGACCGGCAGAGCGACCUUGGCGAUUUCCGCGUCAGGUUGCCGGAGCUUCAGGCUGCUGCUCUAGGCGGGCAGCUGGAGGUUGUCAAGUUCCUGAUGGAAGAGGCAAAUAUUGAUGCGGGGGGACCCCUAGCUUGCCCCCUUGCUUUUUAA